GAACCAUAAGAUAUAUAGAGAGAGACGACAAGCAACAAGCAACACAAGUUCACAUCUUUCCUUUCUCUCUUUCCCUAAGAGUCUUUCAUUACAUUAUCUCUUUCUCUUUUUCUAACCUCUCAUUUAACAACAAAGCCAAAAAAAAAAAAACAGUCUUUCAUCAUCUUCUUCUUCUGGGGAGAGAGAGAGAGCGAAAGAGCGCUAACAAUGGCGAACUUGGUCUUAUCCGAAUGUGGCAUAAGACCUCUCCCCAGAAUCUACACCACACCCAGAUCCACUUUCCUCUCCAACACCACCUUCAAACUCAAACCAUCACCUGCGUUUCGUCUGAAUGGGUUCUCCACUAAGAACUGGGCGUUGAAUGUCACCACGCCUCUAACAGUUGACUCAUCUCCUCCAACCUCAGAAGAACACGAAACGCAGAGGUUCGACCCAGGCGGGCCUCCUCCGUUCAACUUAGCUGAUAUCAGAGCAGCUAUUCCUAAGCAUUGUUGGGUGAAGAACCCAUGGAAGUCUAUGAGUUAUGUUGUGAGAGAUGUUGCCAUUGUGUUUGCAUUGGCUGCUGGAGCUGCUUACCUCAACAGCUGGCUUGUUUGGCCUCUCUAUUGGCUUGCUCAAGGAACCAUGUUCUGGGCUCUCUUUGUUCUUGGCCAUGACUGUGGACAUGGUAGCUUCUCAAAUGAUCCAAGGUUAAACAGUGUGGUUGGUCACCUUCUUCAUUCCUCAAUCCUGGUCCCGUACCAUGGCUGGAGAAUUAGCCACAGGACUCACCACCAGAACCAUGGACAUGUUGAGAACGAUGAAUCAUGGCAUCCUAUGUCUGAGAAAAUCUUCAAGACUUUGGAUAAACCAACUCGGUUCUUUAGAUUUACACUGCCUCUCGUGAUGCUCGCGUACCCUUUCUACUUGUGGGCACGAAGUCCGGGGAAGAAGGGUUCUCAUUACCAUCCGGACAGCGACUUGUUCCUCCCUAAAGAGAAGAAUGAUGUUCUUACUUCUACUGCUUGUUGGACUGCAAUGGCUGCUUUGCUUGUCUGUCUCAACUUUGUGAUGGGUCCAAUGCAAAUGCUCAAACUCUAUGGAAUUCCUUACUGGAUAAAUGUAAUGUGGUUGGACUUUGUGACUUACCUGCAUCACCAUGGUCAUGAAGAUAAGCUCCCUUGGUACCGUGGGAAGGAAUGGAGUUACUUGAGAGGAGGACUUACAACAUUGGAUCGUGACUACGGAGUGAUCAAUAACAUUCAUCACGACAUUGGAACUCAUGUGAUACAUCAUCUUUUCCCACAGAUCCCACAUUAUCAUCUAGUAGAAGCAACAGAAGCAGCUAAACCAGUAUUAGGGAAGUAUUACAGGGAGCCUAAUAAGUCUGGACCUUUGCCAUUACAUUUACUUGGAAUCUUAGCAAAAAGCAUGAAAGAAGAUCAUUAUGUGAGCGACGAAGGAGAUGUUGUAUACUAUAAAGCAGAUCCUAAUCUAUAUGGAGAGGUCAAAGUUUAAGUAACAGCAGACUGAAAUGAAGCAAGCAGCGAGAGACAGAGAAGCUGUGAACUUCAUCUAUCUCUGACCAGCUGAUUUUUUUGCUUAUUAAUGUCAAUUUAUUGUGUUACUAGUUACUACCAUCAGAGAGCUAGCAUCUCUGAAUACCAUUCAGAUGGAAACGACAACUUUGUUUUCAGUACUGAAGCUAUAUAUAUAUAUAUAUACAUUGCAUUUU